AUGACAGGCACGCAAUCGCCCAUGAUUUCGGUGCCUCUCAAGGCUACCAACGAGAUUGACUGGAUCACUCCGUUAAAGACCUACAUCCGAGACACCUAUGGCGACGACCCCGAGCGCUAUUCUGAAGAGUGCGCCACCCUCAACCGGCUGAGGCAGGAUAUGAGGGGCGCCGGGAAGGAUAGCACUGCCGGGAGGGAUCUUCUAUACCGUUACUAUGCCCAGCUCGAAUUCUUAGAUCUUCGCUUCCCCAUCGACGAACAACAUAUCCGGGUUUCAUUUACUUGGUAUGAUGCCUUCACGCAUAAGGGGACGUCGCAGUAUUCUUUGGCUUUCGAGAAGGCAUCUAUCAUCUUCAAUAUCUCGGCCGUCCUAUCAUGCCAUGCCGCCAACCAGACACGAAGCCACGAGUCUGGGCUGAAGCAAGCCUACCACUCCUUCCAGGCUGCCGCCGGCAUGUUCACCUAUAUAAAUGAAAACUUCCUGCAUGCCCCUUCCGCCGACUUGAGCAGAGAUACCCUGAAGACCCUCAUAAAUAUCAUGCUGGCGCAAGCACAAGAGGUGUUUCUGGAAAAGCUUAUCACAGACCAGAAGAAGAUCGGGCUAUUGGCCAAAUUGGCGAGCCAGGCUGCUACCCUCUAUGGUCAAGCACUCGAGGGCGUGCAAGAGAAUGUCACAAAGGCGGUUUUCGAGAAAGUUUGGCUGUUAAUGGUCCAGAUCAAGUUCAAAUUCAUGAGCUCGCUUGCCCAGUACUACCAAGCUCUAGCCGACAAUGACGCCAAUUCACACGGCAUGGCCAUCGCCCGGCUCCAAGUUGCCGAGAGUCAUAUUCGUGAAGCCAACAAAAUUGCAACCAAUUUCCCAAGUUCUGUGCCUCCAAAUUCGAAUCUCACUGCAGAAUGCGGGCCGAUCCUCGCAGAUAUAACCAGGAGACAUCUUGUUGCUGUCCAACAAAAGCUCAAGGAACUGACCAGGGAAAACGACCUCAUCUAUCAUGAUCCGGUCCCCAGCGAGGCCAGCGUGCCCCCCGUCGCAAAGCUACCUGCUGCAAAACCAAUCCCAGUCAGCGAGCUUUAUGCAGGCCAGGAUAUUCAGCGCAUUACCGGCCCUGACCUGUUCGCAAAGAUUGUGCCGCUGGCAGUAACGGAGUCGGCGAGUUUAUACGACGAGGAAAAGGCAAAGCUUGUGAGAGCCGAGACGGAGAGAGUAGAGACAGACAAUAGCGAGAUGGCUGCUGCUCUGGAUUAUCUGCGGCUCCCCAAUGCUUUAAACAUCCUCAAGGGCGGAUUUGACCAGGAGGUGCUGCCGGAUGAAGAUUUCCGCACUUGGUGUGUCGAUGUUGCGGAUCAUGAGGAUCCCUCCAAGAUCUUUGAGUUUCUUCACGCUGAAAAGCAGGCAAUUGUGGCGAUCUUAGACCGAAGCACCAAGCAAUUGGACACAGAAGAAAGUGUUUGUGAAAAGAUGAGAUCUAAGUAUGACUCUGAGUGGACACAGCAGCCUAGUGCGCCACUUACCACCACGUUGAGAAGCGAUAUUCGAAACUACCGAGAAGCUUUAGAGGAGGCGGCCCGAAGCGAUAGCCAGCUCGCUGCCAAACUUCGGCAAAACGAGAAUGAGUUUGCUGAAAUGCGCACAGCAGCCCAAACAGGAGAGAUCGAUGCGCUUUUCCAGCGUGCCGUGAGCAAAGCCCGGAAAUCGAGCAAUUCGACCAGUCCUGCUACAGAACCAAACUUGCUUGAUGCAGACUUCGACGAUGGCAGGCCCAGCGUUCUGGACCAAAUUGCAAAGGUGGAAGAUAUCCUCAAGAAACUGAACCUUAUCAAGAGAGAAAGGGUACAAGUACUCAAAGACCUUAAGGAAAAGGUGCCCAUCGCCAACUACGAGCAACAAUUGUUCCAGCAAGAACUGGAGAAAUAUCGGCCUUAUCAAACCCGUCUCGUGCAGGCAACUCAUAAGCAGGCUUCUUUGUUGCGGGAGUUGACUAUCACUUUCAAUAACCUCCUUCAGGACAAGAGAGUCAGGGCAGAGCAGAGCAGGUAUGAAUCGUUCCAAAGAUCGAGAGCUUUUGCCAUCAACAAAUACAAGAGAGCGUAUCAGGAAUUCUUGGAUCUGGAAGCAGGUCUCCAGAGCGCGAAGACAUGGUAUAAGGAGAUGAGGGAAACCGUGGAGAGCCUUGAGAAGAAUGUUGAGUCGUUUGUGAACAACCGACGAGCAGAAGGGGCUCAGCUCUUGAAUAAGAUAGAACAGGAGCGUGCAAAGAGCAAAAGCGAUCAGGCUGCGUUGGAGCAAGAGCGCCUGAAAGCCUUAAUGGAGCGCAUGUCAUUAGAGCCGCCACCCACCUCUCUGCCAACAACUCGCCCAGUACCCGCUCCUUUGUCAUUCUCAAGCACCGGCUAUCCCAAGACGACCUAUGCAACGCAAUACCCGCUACCCAGCUCCCCCCCUCCGACACAAACCACAGUUCCACAGUCCUACCUCCAGCAGCCUCCUUCACAGACGGGGUUUACUUACAAUCCCAGCUCCCACGGCCGCAUCCCUGGUCCUGCCUCUCCCCCACCAACUCAAACUACCUUCAAUAUUGGACCUCCUUCCCGAGGACCUGCUUCUCCGCCGCCCACACAGACCACUUUCUCCCAACCUGGCUCUGGAAUGUACAGCACGUAUGGGAAUCCACAUUCGCAACCAAGUGUCGGCGGAGGAUACACGAUCCCGCCAAAUUUCGUCCCGCCGCCGCCGCCGCCAGGUCCGCCACCUCUGGGCCCACAGCAAACAAUCCAUUAUGGAAACGAACAUUACCCUGCAGACCCGAACUCGACUCUUGGACGCCCAGGGUCAGCGCAGCAACAUUUUCAAGGGCAGCAGGAUCCAUGGGCGGGGUUAAGCGCUUGGAAAUGA